ACUUACCACUGGUCUUCUCACUUUCCAACCCAGUGUAGGAUUAACAUCCGCAAUAGUCAUAUUUCAGAUUUUGGGCUGAAAUGAAUCGUCUUUCAGUAUGCGUCUUAUUGUUGAUAAUGGUGGUGGGAAUGGCCGCAGCCAGCUACAACAGAAAUCGCCCUCAAAAGUGUGGACCUUCCGUGGAUCGUGGUUAUCAAUGCCAUGCCCAUCAACGUUAUGUCUAUGGAUGGUCUAAGAAUGAAAAUGACUGUGUACGAUUUAGAUAUCGUGGAUGUGGCGGUAAUAACAAUCAAUACAAAAGGAGACAAGCUUGUAUUAAAAAAUGUGGAGUAGUCCCAAUACGAGAGGCAAAGGAAGCACCGAUUACUACUACUACUACUCAGCCUACCCAUCUCAAACCAGCUAUGAUGGAUCCUGAGCAAAAGUCUAAGCAACGAAAAAAAUCUAAUAAAGGUCGAAGAUUGCACACGGGACGCCUGAUAAAACCUAAACGUCGUUCGAAAGUCAAGCCUCGACGUGGCCGACAUUAA